AUGUCUGGCAGAGAGGCUUCUAGCGCCUCGAGGCGCCAGCCGUCCGAUCAUCGAGAUGAACGUAGAGCUUCCGGAGUAGGCUCGUCCUCCCGCUCUUCGAGUCGACAUGCCUCCCGUCCCGGCUCGGUGCAUCGCGGUAAAGAAUCCACCAAGCAGCCCGUUCGCAUCGGGCAGUACAUCUUGCAACAGACCCUGGGUGCUGGCUCUUUUGGCAAAGUCAAGCUGGCAACGCACGCUCUUACAGGUCACCGCGUUGCCAUGAAGAUCAUCAACCGUCGCAAGAUCUCGAGCCUCGACAUGGGUGGGCGAGUCAAGCGUGAGAUCCAAUACCUCAAGCUGCUGCGCCAUCCGCACAUUAUCAAGCUGUACGAGGUCAUCACCACGCCCACUGACAUUAUCAUGGUGAUCGAAUAUGCUGGCGGCGAGCUGUUCCAGUAUAUUGUCGACCGCGGCCGCAUGCCUGAACAGGAAGCGAGGCGUUUCUUUCAGCAGGUCAUUUGUGCCAUGGAAUAUUGCCAUCGACACAAGAUUGUGCAUCGCGACCUCAAGCCAGAGAAUCUGCUGCUCGACGAGUACCUCAACGUCAAGAUUGGCGACUUUGGCCUGUCCAACAUCAUGACCGACGGCGACUUCCUCAAGACAAGCUGCGGCAGUCCCAACUAUGCUGCGCCCGAGGUCAUCUCGGGCAGAUUGUAUGCUGGACCCGAGAUCGACAUCUGGUCGUGUGGUGUGAUUCUGUACGUCAUGCUGUGCGGCAGGCUGCCGUUUGACGACGAAUACAUUCCGACGCUGUUCAAAAAGAUCAACAACGGCAUCUAUACACUUCCCAGCUACCUUUCGCAAGAGGCGAGGCAUUUGCUCAGCCAAAUGCUCAUCGUCGAUCCAGUCAAGCGAAUCACGAUUCAAGAAAUCAGGCAGCAUCCGUGGUUCAACGUCGAUCUGCCGGCGUAUCUCCGACCUCUACCUCCCACACCAGCAGCAGAGAACCGAGGCUUUAACUUUGGCAUGACGGCUUCGCCUGCCGACACGGGCUCACCUGCGGAUGUCACGUCGCCAGCCACCUCGAGCUCGGCAGCCAACAGUGGUGCGUCUUCGCAGACCUCGGCACCCUCCAGUCGACCAGGCAGUCAGCCGAUUGUGACGGGCGAUCUCGGCGUGAUCGAGGAUGAGCUUGUGGACGAGCUGGUGGGCAAGAUGGCUGGGUUCAACCGGGAUGAGUUGAUGCACCAUCUCACCGAGCCCGGUGACAAUCAGGUCAAGGUUGCGUAUCAGCUGGUUCGUGAUCAUCGACGUAUGCUGCAGAUCCAUCAUAUGGAGGACGCGCACGGCAUGGAGACGUUCCUGGCACAGAGUCCGCCUGCGUGGAACGAAGGGCUGGAAGGGUUCAUGGGUCGUUCGACGAGCAUCAAGCGCAAGAACCGCAUCAAGGACGUUGUUGCAGCGGCGCCGGUCAACAAGGAGCCAGUGCCGCCUUUACCAGCGUCAGCACAAUCGCAUGCACAAUCACAAGCAGCGUGCGAGGACGAGGGCGACUCUUUCAUGACGGACGCUGCAGAUCCGGAACCUUCGGAUGAUGGUAACGACACUCUAGCGAGCGACGAAGAUGAAGUGCUGACGGACGAGGAUGGCCACCUGACGGAUGUGGAAGACACGUCGGGCGAGCGGAUUGUGCGGAUUGCGGUGCUCGAGACGUCGCUUCCAGGAUAUUUAAGAACCAGAGAGGCGGAGAGGCUGGCGACGCCCUCGGCGGAAAAAACGUCUUGGCCGUCGUGUACGCCCAUCUCAUCUCCUGGUGUUUCCGGUGCCCCGACGCCGGCGCUUGCACCGCCAGUGACGGCGCAGAUGCAUAAGAAGCCGCGCUCGCGAUGGCACUUUGGCAUUCGAUCACGCAGCCCGCCGAUGGAAAUCAUGCUCGAGCUCUACCGCACGCUGCAGUCGUUAGGGAUGGAGUGGAGGGCCAAGCCAGUCGGCAGGCCGGCCAAGGGGUCAAAGGCGACGGCGGAGGGCGAGGCGGGAGACGAAGCAUCAGGAGGGGAAGAAGGCAAGGAGAAAGGAGAGAACGCUGGCGGGAGUGGCUCUGCUGGCAGCAAGAGCGAGGAGCUGUUCUUCUUGGAGACCCGGUGGAAGGUGGGCCAUGUGCUGGUGCGCAUGGAUCUGCAAUUGUACCAUGUGGAUGCGACCAACUACUUGGUCGACUUCCGCAACGUCGGGUACAGUAAGAUGGAGCCCAGUGGCAGCGGCGCUAGCUCUGACUCUGGCUCGGUGGAUGGAGAUGCGGGGGACAAGGCAGGCGAAGGAGCGGACGUGGAAGUUAGCAAGCUAGAGGCGGCGUUUGACAAGGCGAUGAGCGAGACGCAGCAAGCGAUGCAGCACGGAUUCCAUGGUGGUCAGCACAGGUUUGAUGGCACGAGGAUCAAGCCCAGCUUGGCUCCAGCUGUACCGGCGGGGAGGAAAGAGGUCAACAGUCCGUUUUUGUUCUUGGAAUGUGCGACGCGCUUGAUUGUCGAGCUUGCUGGUGGGGCCUAG